AUGAGUAAAGUCCAACGGCAAAAGGCCACAAACAAAAGACUACAAAUAAAAGCUCAUCAGAAAAAUCUACCAACAAAAUUCACCAGUAAAAAAUCUAUAACAAAGUCUACAACAAAAGCCGCAAAUAAAAGUUCACCAACAAAAAACACCAAUGAAAGUUCAAAUAAAAGCCUCCAGCAAAAGCUUUCCAACUAA